GAAGGAACAACCAAAAUUGGAAGAAGUGAUUCAGACCAAGAUCAAGAUAUUGUUUUGCAGGGACGAUGGAUUGAAAGGGAUCAUUGUAUGAUAGACAACAACUGUGGGAUUGUGACACUGCGACCAGCCCUGGGCGCACAUUGCACUGUGAAUGGGUGUGAAGUCACUGGAUCAUGUCGUCUGUCACAGGGGGCCCUUGUUGUCCUUGGCAAGUCUCAUAAGUUUAGAUUCAAUCACCCAGCAGAAGCUGCUAUCUUAAGACAAAGAAGAUCAAUUAAUGAAACCCCACCCAUUCUGAGUUGUGGAGCUUUGGACUGGCUCAAUUUGGAUGGAGGUUGCACCCAGUCUCCUCACUAUGUGCUUUCUUCUCUUGACAAUCAAAAAUGUAGAAACUGUAAAGAAAAAUGUUCUCCUGAACUAAGUGGAGAAAUAGAUGCUGUGCAUGAAGAGUACAAGAAGAAACUAAGAGACCAGGAAGCUUUUCACAGAAAACAAAUUCAACGGCAGCAGCUCUAUGUUGAGGCUUUAAAGCAGCAGAUCCUGAGAGGACAGAUCAAAGCAGAGCGGGAACUAGAAAAUGACCAAGCACUGAUCAACCAGCAGAUCCAAGAAAACCAGCAGUGGCUUAUAAAUGAGAAGAAACGACUGGCUGCCCUUCAGCAACAGCACAGGGAGUUUGCCGUGCAAACAGAGCCUGCGCUGUGUGCAGAGGCUGAGGUGCAGAGUACCACUGGGCUGGAAACCUGCCCUUCCCUGCUACAGCAGAACAAGAAGAGACUGGUGCAGCUGGAGCUUUUGCGAAGAUACUCCUUAAAAAAGGCAGAAAGGAACAUAAGACGGAAAAAGGUCAAAUUCCAGCUGGAAAGGAUAGUCAAGAAGCAGAAGUUACUGGAAGCCAAACAAAACCUAGAGCAGCUGGAAGCUAGCUGCUGGCUCAAUGAAGAGUGUGUGAAACAAUCCCAAGCCCUAGAUGAAAAUACUGCUGUAGAGCCCUCUUCGGAUCACCAGUUGCAAAAGAGAAGAAAGUCAUUGGGUUCAAAUUCCUUGCAGCACAGGCAGCAUUCGUUUUGUAACCCACAUCUGUCCCAGGUACCCAGCUGUUUGUUGAAGAGAGAGACUGUCUCCAAGUUAUCUACCUCACCAAAUAUUGAUCAAUGCUGUGAAGACAGUACAGUAGGGAGGUUGUCAUCCGUAGAAGAAUAUCUUUACAAAAGAGGUAAAGACGUUGCUGGGAGCAAUGACCUUAAUGAUGAAAAAGGGAUCUCCUUUUCAGUCCAGAGGCAGCUAACUGAAAAACAAAAAACAUCUUCAUUUGGAAAUAAAAAAGUAGAAAAAGACUCUAAUGAUUCAGCUGUCAUGGCUUAUAUCAAUAAAAACGAUCAAAAAAUUGAAAAGUUGGAUGACAACCCAGGGCAAGCUGGAUCUCAAAACCAGCCCUGUAAAGGCUCCUCUCCUGAUCUUUUUAAGGAGAAAGAUGAGCCUGAAACCUUUAUUACAGGGACAAGAAUGACAAAAGCAAAGGUGCUAGGAGAUUUAACUCAGCCUGCUAGUAGCAAUCUAGAACAAAAUAGAGCUCAGGUAUCCAAUAAAAAGGCUAGGAUGGAUAUCAAUGGAAAAGACCACAGCUGUUCUCCAGAAAACUCUCCUAAAGAAGUUAAGAAAACAGCGUAUGGAAACCCACCAUCAGUGCAUCUAAACCAAACAGCCAAGAACUGGAAGAGCGAGCCAAACUCAGCCUUGCCAAGUCAUGAGAAAUCAUCAGUGGAACAGCAAGAAUUCCUGAUGGUAGCAACAUCAGUGGGAAAUCUCACUAAGAUGAACACACAGGCACCACUUGCUUAUGUUGAAAAAAAAUGGCACAGUGCUGAGAUGCUGAGUGCUGGAGUGUCCAAAACAGCCACAGAUAUGCUGGGGAACUGGCAAGAGGAUGAUGAAAAUGAGAUUUCUGAUACUGACAGUUCCUAUUCUGUAGAUUCUCUCUCCUGUGCUUAUGCAAAAGCUUUCACAGAGAAACUGAAACAAGAAGAUUUUGACAGAAACAAAUGUCUGGCCAACCCCGAAGAUUCUGAGAGUGAUGACAGUCAAAUGUCACAAGACUCUCUGGUAGAAAAGGAAAACAAAGCCAAAAAGCAAAAUAAAAGCCGAUUUCACAAGUCAAAGGCCCACCAUGAGCCAGCUAAGCUUUACAAAAGCAGAACUGAUCACCAUAUUCCGUCUUCGGUGACGUCAUAUGCAUCUCGUAGGAGACUGGGAAAGCCUGAAAGAAGCUUUUCUCUGGACAGUUUAGCUGAUGGAGAAGAGAUGCCAGCAGAAGAUCCAGUAGAAGAAUCCAAAUCUGAUUCAUCUGAUGAAGUGCCAGCAGAGAUUUUUUGGAAGUUGCAAACUCCUAGAUCACAAAGUAUACAGACUGAGGAAGACCAUGAGUCCAAGACCUGCAACAGAGAUACAGAAGGGACAAAUUAUGAUCUGAAGCUGAGCAGUUCCUUUUAUUUGGACACUAAACCACAGCCUGCUUCCAGUAAUGCUUGCAAGCAGUUGCUGAAGGGGACCAAAGUCUCCUUUGUAGAACAAGAAAGGUCUCUUGAUAGAAGACUGUAUUAUGCAAGUGGAAAUCCUUUGCUUGCUACUGAUGCUUGGUCUUCCUGUAACUCAAAGGUUGACACCAGCAGCCCCAGAAUAACAGCACCUUCUUCCCAUGAAAAUUUGGAAUUUCAAGAAGCUCAUCUGUGCUCUUUGAGCAAACCAGAGCUUUGGCUGAAGAAAGAUGAUCUGAAGCAGUCAGCUGCUGAAGUUUCUUUUGUUUCUGGCUCUAAGCAGAUACGUAGCAUUACUCAUUUAUCACAUCGUAUAAAUGAAAUAAACACAGUUUUCUCCUCUGACACAUCAGAAGUACCUUUACCUGAAACAACAACUGCUAGCAGAGUUUCUGAGUGUGGAUCAUUAAAUAAGAUUCUUAAGAGAUGGACAAACUCUAACGAAAAUUCUUCCUUGGAAUCUCAAGACAUAAUGUCCUCAUUUGUUAGCUCAAUAGGACCAAGCUCCUCUUUUGUUCCUAUUUCAGCAAAGCAUGAUUAUUAUGAGCAUUCAAGGUCAAAUCAUCCUGAACAAGAACAACUGAAUGAAUUAUCUACUUAUAGGUCUACCACUGAAUGCACACAAACAUUCAGCUGUUUGGAAAGUGCCUCCACUGAAGACUGCUUGUCACUGGUAUCUAGGAGAGAGGAGGAUUCUCUCCCCACAACUCUUCCACAGCUGCCAAAAGAUCAUAAUCUGAAAAAAACAUCUUUUAUUUCUAUGUUGCCCAUGCACAUUUUGGAGCAGAGAAAUGACUGUGUAGAUGCAGAUUUCGAAGACGAUUUCUUCAGAACUUUUGAAAAAGAUGACCUCGAUGAUGAUUACAAUAAUUUGAUGACAAAAUCAAAUAUGACAGAGUCAUGCAGUGGAAGUGCAUCUGUCAGUGCAAUGGCUGCUGAAUCUUCUACAGGACUUGCUCAUAAUAUGACCUCAACCCAGACAUCUGCAGUAAAACAAGUCCACUUUGGAAGCCAUGGGCAGCUUUUUCCAAGAAGGGAAAUACCAACGUGUUCUGAUGAAGGUUUCUUUCUCAGUGACUUAACAAAUAAGAACUGCUCCCUAGUAGACAGUUAUGAGCUUCAGACAUUGGCUGGACAAGGAGCAGAAUCAGCUGGUACGGUAAGUCUCCUCAGAUCUGGGAAGAGUAAUUUGGAAGCAAUGCAAGAAACAGAUUAUCAACAAAUAUCUGCUGAAGAAAUAACAACAGAGACAGAUUUUUCAUCACAGAAGACAACGUAUCGAUGUAACCCUUUAGUUGUUGCUCACAGUGCAAGUUAUGACCAAUCUGCAACACCAAUAGAGAUGUCUCAGAAAGAGAUUAUCUGUAUGGAAACAAGCACAGAUAGCUUGGCAGAGGUUGUGCCAGAGGUGCCUUCAUUCAAAGAUAAUGAAGAAUAUGAACCAAAGGAUGAAGACUUGUCUUCACUGAAUCAUCACGAAUUCAAAAGCAAACUUGUUUCAAAAAAUUAUUCCCAUGAAUGUGCUCUAGCAGACAGUCCGGCAAGUUGCUUAUCCCAAGAAAUUUCAGAAAAUUCUACAUUAUGCAUUGAUAAUAUAAGAGAAGAAAGCAGCGAAAGCGAAGAACACAACGUCUUGAAUUCUCAGGCUGUAGUUCAGAAAGAAUUUUCAUCUAAAUAUGACAACUUAGUGGUAAAUGAAGUAAGUUACCUCAUAGUGAAUGUAAAUGGGAAAGACACUGAGUCCUUCCCUGCUGCUAUUUGUGAGAGUACAAAUGAUUUUCUACCAGAAUCCAAUUCAGGCAUAUUUUACAAAGCUUCAACAAAAGCUAAUCUUUUCCAAAGUGCAUCUGAGACUGAAAAUUAUGAUAAACUAUUGGAGCAUGCCACAAUAGCGAAAGGAGAUUGCGAUGCUACAUCUAAUCUUACUAUGGAAGUCAGUGCCACAGAAGGUUGUUCUGAUGUACGUUCUGGCUGCCUUUGCACAACGUGCCCUUCAAAAUCAACAGGGCAGAAAAACAGUAUGCAGAAGACGACCGACAUUUCUGUGCAAUUUGAUGCAAACGUUCUCUUGGAAACAGAAACAGAGAACAAAUGUUUACUUGAAUCAAGAGAAGAGAAGGAAGCCUUUUUUGAAAGUGCUUGCCCAGAGGAUAUCUUGCUUGUUGAAGAUGAUGUAAACUCAGAGUCAGGAAGAGUAUUUGAAUACAACACAAAUACACCAGCUACUGUUUCUCAAGAGGAGAGUCCAUAUAUAAAUAAAGAAUCCAAAGUUUUAAGCAACCUAGAAGCCAAUCCAGAAGAAACUAUGGUUCCUUAUCAGAAUACAAAAGCAAAUUCUGAUGAAGAAAUAACAAAAUUAAUCAACACUACAAUCAACUUAGAAAAAGAUGCACUGGAAAUUAAAUCCAGACAGAUUGAAAGUUUACAUGACUACUCAGUAGCCAAAGUCCAAAGUGUAACUGAAGACAGGAGUGGAGAGGAUUGUAAAGGUAUUAGUCUAUCUCAGAAUCCAAAGAAACCUAUCGAUAUCGUAGCUUGUGAAGUUCAGUGUGAGUUUUAUACAAAUCUGUGCCUGACACAUGAAGAGGCAGAGAAGGAUGAACUGCAGGUAGCCAGCAUCAGGGUGGAACACACUCAGGAAUCAAAAGCACUUGUGCAUUCUGGCAGCCGACUUGAAACAAGCAGCUUCUGCCAAAAAGAAAAAAGUGAGAAAAUAGAAGUAGGCAUUUAUUCACCAGAGUUUUCCAUUGCUCCCAAAAACACUCCUUCAGCUCUGUGUUCCCACAAAACAGAUGCUACUCAGAAUACUUCAGGCUUCCUUGAUACUUGUGGGGGGCUUUUACAGAUGACUGGAACAAUAGAAAAUAUGUUUAAUACAGAGGAUGUAGCUGCAACGGUGCUAAUCACAAGGAGGCAAGGAAAUAUUUUAGCAAAACCUGAAAAUGAAGGACCAGUAAAUGCUAGCAAUUUAAUUGAACAUCAUAUACCAAACUGUUUGCCCCAGGAAGAAAAGGUUAAUCAAUGUGAAGUGACUGGGAGUGAAGAGCAAAUCAUGACAAACACUGAGGGGCUGGUUAUUACGAGGCAAGAAGUCAUGCACACAGAUGAAAACGUUUUAUUUACGGAAGAGUCUCCAGCUCUGCAUCAGAUGUAUUGCGACGCAGAUGACAAAGAGGAAAUUUUAAAUCAAUUUAAGAUCCCUGAAAGAUAUCUGACAGCUUCAGAACUAGAACAGAAUAUACUGUUAGAAGGUGACCCAAGAUACCAUGAUCCUCCUGAAAUGAGCGAAGAUAGUGGCUCAGUGGACUCUGUUACAGAUACAAGAAAUGAAGUCAUGAAAGAUAUCGAUACAUAUGAAUAUUCAGUUGAUGAUAGUACUGGUAUUGACCAAUAUAGAAUUGAACAAGAGGAAUUUAGACAUCUCCACAUUAAAGAGGACAGCCACACGUAUAUGAGUUGCUCUAUGCAAUAUCCUGAGCAUGGCACUUCAGAAAACUUGAACGUAAGCGUCGAUAGAAAAAAUCCUGGUAUUUGUGAAUUGGAUCCAGUAGGCUCCAGAGCUGAGGAGGAGAAAGUGCAUUUGAUGAAUCCAGUACAAAUGGCCAAAACAGAGAAAGAAAAGCAGAUGUUUGUAGAAAACACAGAGGAGGUAGAACUGAUCAUUUUACAAAACCUGAACGAACUAUUCCCUGAAAGCAAAGACAGCUACCAAAUGACACAUGAUGACAACAGAUUAAGUGAAAUCUUAAGAGAAAGCCAGUGGGUGUCUACCAGCUUUUCUAGAAAUAAUGAAGAUAUCAGCAAGCAACAAAAUCCAUCAGCAACACUGAAGUCUACUGAAAAAAAACAAGAAGGUUCACUUAAAGACUCCCCAUGCCAGUCUGUAAAUCACCUUUUGUAUCUUGGAGUAAGUGAUGAUUCCCAUCUUGUUCAAGAUGUUCCCACUGCCUUGAAAGGACAUACAAAACCAUCUAACAGCAGUGUUGGAACUGGAGCUGUUCUGCCUUACUAUGAAACAUUAAUGGAGAGUGAGGUCUGUGUUGGUACGCCUGUUACAGUCAACAAAACGGGAGAAGACAAACAUCUUUCUGAUAAAGCACAAAGUAAGACUGUAGCUUUUCUGCAAAGCAGGACUACACAGGACAGGCAGGGGGGAGAAUCCUUUGUAUUUAACAGUGCACCUGAUUAUGUCAUAUCUGGGCAACCUGUCAAUGAGAACAGCUCUUCUACUCCCUGCAGUGGAGGAGUUCCUGAGUCUGAAACUGUUGUACUUCAGGCAGGGGCCAAACAAAACUCAUUUUCCUUGGAAAAAUUAGAUUCUUCUGAAGAUAUAAUUCAGGAUGUUAACAAUGCUCAUGAAGAACACAGUGUGGAUUUAAUGGUUAAUGAACUACCAAAAGACUGCCCUAAUUCCGUAGAAGAUACAGCUCAAGAGGAAAAGGGUACCAUUGUGCCUGAUUCACUGCUCUUGGAUAAUUCAAACCUGCUUUCUUCUUCAGAGAAAGAAGCGAUUGAAGAUACAGAGGGGGUAAAGCUUCAUUCUUUACUAGAAAUCUCUUCACAAAAAAUGUUUCACAAUAUUAAUACAACUCAGAAAGUACUUCACUCAGGGAGUUUAUCACAGCGUGAUGAGGAGAAAUUUUUAAGCACAAGCUGUACUACAACAAACAGUAAAAAUGAAAAUGCAAAGUUUCCUGCUGUAGCUGGAUAUCAGUGUGAGCCCAGAGAAAAUCAGGGACAAGGGACUUCUGAAGAGUGCUGUGUGGACCAACUAGGCAGCACUGUCUCUGAGAACACUUCAACCCUUUCAGAAGCCCUGAACAAGUCUCCAUGGGAAAAUCCACGGUAUAGUAAAGAGUUUCUAAAUUAUAAUAGGAGCUCGGGUACUUGUGAAAGUUCUCCUGGUCUCCUGAAUUGUACAGCAUCAUCUGCAGAUAUUUUGAUUGCCAGCAAUGGAGACAAAGGUAAAAAUGAUGCUGUUCUCUCAGAAGAAACAAAAUACUUUGAAAGUGAAUCAACAAGUGUAUCUGUAAAUUUUCCUGAUGUUUCUCAAAAAGGAGAUGAAAGGAAAAAUAAUUCUGCAGUUGCCGUGGCCACAUAUUCUCAGAAGAAUAAGCUCCCUGAAAAAGUCAUGGGAAGAGAUCAAAAGGAGGAAAUAAUUCAAGGCUCUUUCCAGAAUUUCAAUGACAUAAAAGAAAAUAAAAUCCAUGAGUACUCAGAACACUAUGGUAACACUUGUAGUGUGACUGUACCAGAAUCGGGCUCACUUACUUUUCAGAGCCGAGGACAGACUGGCAGUAAAGAAUCAAAGUCUCUUUCAUCCCACUUUGCAGAAGGUAAUCCAACUGAUACAACUUUUCAAAGCUCCAAGAACUUCAGUGCUUUUGACACUUCUUGUUUACUUGAUGACUCAAAACCUCUACUAUUUAGUCAGCUUGAGAACUCACUUCAAGACACUAUUUUGACUGAGCAAGUGUCCUCCAGUUCUGCAGAUGUGUGCUCUGUAAAAGAAGGGGAUUUUCCCCAAGUAUUUGCAAGUGUCAAUCACCCAUCCUUAACACCAUUUUCAGAAUCUUCUUUAACUGCAGAUAUUGGCCAUGGUGAAAGUGGCACAUACAAUAUUUCACACACAAGUAUAUCGAAACAUUCUCCAUCUGCUGUUUUGCAAAUACAAGACACUCAGUCUGAUAAGGCUGUGGUGUUCGAUGAGCCGAUGCGUGCGUCAGGAAGUAUUUUACUUUCUCUUGCAAAAGAAAACAGGCAUUGUCCAGUAUCAGACACAGAAUCUACUUCAUAUAAAAAUUCUGCUGUAGAUGGGGAACUUAUAUAUGGAAGUAAUCGUAAAAAAAUUGACAAUGAUACAAAAGUUGAUCAGCACCACUGGGGUAAAGUUCCACCACAGGAAGCUUGCACAGCACACACAGAGAAAGUACUAAAUGAUAAUUCUCUUUUAUUACCAUCAUUACCUUUUUGGGAUACUGGAAGGGCAAUUCUUGUCGAAGAGGGGGAAAUGAGAAAAAAAAUUAACAGAAAUGAGAAAGAACUGCAUUCAAAUACUGAGGCUGAACAUUUUGCAGUACAGGCAGAGCAGAGAAAAACAGUAAGUAGAGAACCUGUUGAAAAGCAAACUAAUGUAUCCUCCAAUUCUGCAAAUGAAUUAAUGGUCUCAGAAGUUACAGGGUUGGAAAAUCUGUAUCCAGGAGAUGUCAAUGUGGAUCCUGAACACACCUGCAAUUCAUUUAGUCCAGCAUAUCCCACAUACAGCACAAGCACUGAUACCAGACGACUGUAUCACACUGUCUUGGGUUUUGAAAAAAAACCUGCAGAUCUGCGAGAUAAUUGUCAGUACAUGCCUACAGAUGAACAGAUAGAACAGGUGCCAGAUAGAACGAAUACAGAUGGCAGAAAAGAGAUUUUACUUUGCAAAAAUAAUAAUACAGGUUCAAGCGCUGAUAGCCCUGCUGAUGAUGGUGAUGUAGACAAUUGUUCAACAACGGGAGACACUAUAAUGAGGAACAAGACUCUGAAAUCAGAAAGAGUAAAGUUUUCUGAACUGAACAAUGAAAGUACAUCUGUAAAGUUUUUACCAGAAAACCAUGAUUUGCCUCCUCAAGAAUCUAAAUUGGUGCAAUUCAGGAGCAAAAGAUCAUAUUCUACUAUAUGGAAUACAAAGAGCUGUAAACAAAGCAAACAGAGACCUUAUUUACAAAGUCACAGACUAUCAGCCCCAGCUAUUGCUGUCUUCUCUGAUAUAGAAUGUACUUUGGAAGCUUCAUCUAAGGCAGAUCCUUUGUUGUAUUCUGCAUCUAAAUCACUACAAGAUUUAAAUAUGAGUGUAGAGCCUCCAUCACCAACUGAAGAUGAUCUUGGAAUUGAAAGAUUUUCAAAGCAGGAGUCAAAGAACUUUUUGCAGGUUAAAUCUAAACCCAGAUUUCAGCAAAGAAUGGCACAAACUAAGAAGCUUUCACACUGUGACCCCAAAAAUUUACAAAAUUUUGCAGCAAGAACCCAAAGCAGGCAGUCUUUAAAGGACUGUAUUACUCCAUCUCCGUCAUCCUUACUGCACACAGCUCACAGUUCUGCGGGUGCAGAAGCAAAUGUACACUCAAAGAGUAGUUCUGUAGCUCAGUGUAGUGAAGGGAAAGUUGAAGAAGCUGGAUACCAGCCAGAAGGAGAUUUAUUUUUGCAUGACAAUAAAGAUACAAUGCAUUUUAGUUCAAGUGAUAUCAACCCAUAUAUUCAUCCGUGGCAACAAGAUGGAUUGGGCAAGAUUGGCUGGAAACAGUAUGUUUUUGGAAGUGCAAGUGAUGUCUCUUGUAAUCAAAUUCCUUUAAACCUGGAAAAUCGUAAAGUUAUGAGAUGUUCCAGUGUAGACAAUGGAUUGAAUUCUCAAAAUUCUCCUUUUCAUUCUCAUCUCAGUUCGUAUGCUACAGCAAAAGUUUUAUCGAGCACUUUAAGCAGCAUUGAAGGUCUUCAAGGAUGGGACAAUGUCAGACAAGACUUUCAAUCUGCAUACUCAAGUGACAGUACUAAGCAGUAUAGCAACAUAUCCAGUGAAACAUUGGAAGCUAAUCCAGAAAAUCACACUGCUGCAUUUGAGAAUCCUUCUGCACAACCUGGUAACUCUUCAAUGCAGGUUGAUGAAAUUGUACUAUUAUAUCCUUCUGAGUCUGAAAGGUCUUCCAAAAAACUACCAGGGAUUACGUGUGAGCAGGGAACACAAACUGCAACUACAGGAAGGUAUAAAAGGCAGAGAAGACAUCAGAGAAGCUAUACAGAUGUUUCUGCAAGAAAGCAGGAAACAAACAGAGAUUUAUUUCAUCAGUCUUCUUGGACAAGCAUGCAGAACCUGUCCAUGCAUCUGUCACAGCUUCUUCAGAACACUUCUGAGCUGUUGGGAAACCUCUCCCAACAAAGUGUUAUAGAUAAUGAGCAGAAUGCCAAAAUCAACCAAAGAAGAACUGAGGAAGCUGUAAAGGCUACUAGAUCAGACAGCUGCACUCAGACUACAGCAGAUGUAGGUACUCAGACUGAGAUUUUGGAAGAACCUCAAAGCAAACAUGAAGAAAAACAAGUGGAGGCAAAAAUGGAAAAUCAGUUGAGGGCAGCUCAGGCAGUAAAUGUUGAUUGGAAAGGAACAGGCGCAGAUGCAGUAUGUAAGAUUCCCAAAAGGAAAGAGGAAACACUCUCUCUUGAAGAAAGAACACAAGAACGAGCAGGGAUGAGAAAUCUGGACAAUCCUGACUUCCACGACAGUCUUGACAGCAUUUUGGAAGACUCUUUUAUGCGUCUGCCUCUCUUAGCCAGAACCUCCACUCCUAUCCUAGAUUUUCAAAAAACAUCAUUAAAUGCACAGCAGAAUGUUGCUUUUGCCAGUACCAGAGUUUCAUCUGUCACAUCAUCUUCACUGAGUUCAGGGCAAGAUGGUUCUUCAUGCACGGUAGUUAGCAGCCCUACUAAUAGCACCUCUCAAUCUGUAGCAUCCCACGCUCAGGAUAAAAGAAGUGUCAAUGAACUAGAGGUUCCAGCAGAAAGAAAAUUUCAUUACAAGAACACCCUGCUAGUCGAUAGGGCCUCUUCCCCUAUUCUUACUAUUAGUGCUAGUCCCAGCAGCCAGACUGCUUUUAACAAGUCGUUCUGCCCUGUUAAGGAACCUCUCGGAUAUUCCAGUGAUGCUUCAAGUCCCCUUCACAACCAAAAAAGGCAGAGGGCAGGUCCACAGUCCAGCAUUCAACCUCACGUGGACAAUUUUUCACAGACAGAAACAGAGAGUGAAUCUAGCGCUUCUAGAGAACAUAAUGGCGUAACAAAGAAAUCCGGAAUUUUCUCAGAUAAGAAAGCAGCCAAAGAGCUUUUAGGACAGGAUGGUUCAAAAGACUGGGAACAACAGCAUAGGCUCACGGUCGACACGCACACCACCAUUUGUGCAAAACGACUGUAUCACUCUAGUAGUACGCUGGAGGUGUCAGGCCACAGGGAAGUUUUAACCGGUGAUCUCGGAGACCGCAGUCCAUUGGCACGUUCGCUUCGUUGUAUGUAUGUCACGAGGGGAGGAAGAGGUUCUUCAGCUGGAAUUGGACACGAAAAGUAUGUUGGUAAUUCUGAUACUGCUUUGAUUGAUAGCUCCUCACCUCCGAAUGCUGACUUACUUUUUAAUCAAAAAAUCAGUGCCACUUGUUCAAGGAAGACAAAUGUUGACAUGUCCUCAGAACCUCUGGCAGAAGCAUCUUCUCUACAGUUUCACAAUUUCUUCUGGAAAAAUGACAACAGCUGCCCUCUUCCGCUCUCUGACAUGAGCGAUGUGCAAACUUCCUUCCAAGGUGACAAUACAGAUUCUGUCACUGAAAGCGAAUGUGACACUGAAAUUCCUCUCAACAAAAACACUGCUUUUGCCAAGCCUUACAGGCCUCGGAGCUACAGUCUCCGUGACUUACCCAUACACAAUAAAUUUAGCAACUGGUGUGGUGUUAAGGGCAGCCCUUCUCCUUCCUUACUCAGCUUGAGUGGCAGCGUGACUGAUUUACAAAGUCAGGCAGAAAAGACACCUAGAAGCGCACAAGCAAUAGAAAUGGAAGGGAAAUCCCAGCUUUGUGACAGCAGGAGCAGAGAGAUCGAGAGGCUUCAGAGAGAGCGCGCUCAGAUCAUGUCUGGCAUUCACCUGGAUCUGCAUCAGCAUCCUCUCACUGUGGAGUUGACCGAAGCAAAGCUCAAUUACGGCAUCGGGGAAACGGACGCCCUGCUCAGGGUCCUUCAGAGCGGAACUGCGGAUGACCUGGUGGCGAUUCCAGUAAAGCAGCAACUUUAUGAAAGACACAUGAGAACUAUUGAAACUCUGAGGAAGGAAAGAGAAAAAAGGCUGCAAAGAUACCAAAGAAGCCGAAGUCUGAGUCCUCAAAAGCAUCUAAGCCUGUUGCAGACGCUGGAUGCAAGCCAGAGGGAACUAGAUCUCCCCAGCAGACGCCGAGAAUAUCUGCAACAGCUGAGAAGAGAUGUGGUGGAAAACACCAGGUAG